AUGGCGGACGAAGAUGGCCUAAACCGAUUGGAAGGUACAUCGGGCGGACGCGGUGGCCUGAUCAUACGCAAGAAGAAAUCGGAUGAUGACGACAAGCGCUUCAAGCAUCCUGGCAAAUCACUUCUUGGUCUGGAUGUCCCGAACACUCCAUCACGAUCCGCCUGGGAAGAGGAGGAUACGGGUCGAACAUCAAAGGUGCACACUUCAAGCUGGGACACCCCGCUGUCAUCCACUCAUUCUGAUGAUGCGGGCGCUUCGACAACGCGCAGUAUCUCCAGCAUUUGGCGAAGCGAACGAAAACAUGAACGACGAAGAAAUGAAAAAAGGAGACAUCGAGAAGACACGGUGCGUUCGGUGAAAGAAGAGGGAGAUAUGAUACCCGAGUUUCGUGAUGAUUUUGAACGAGCAGAAUGGGAACGAGAGCAGCAGAAGUUGGAUCGCGAAUGGUAUGACAAUGAUCAAGGAUACGAUGAGGAAAACAAUCCUUUUGCUCAGGUUUCUCUUUUUUUUUUCAGUAAGCAGCGUCAAAAAAAGUUUUUUAUUUCUUUUUUUUUUUUCAGUAAGCAGCGUCAAAAAAAGUUUUUGUUUAAAAAAAGCACUAGUUUUUCGCGCGAGAGAUGUCAAUUUUUCUAA